AUGGACAAACUUGGCUUUGAAAACCUCAUUAAUCUCAUGAAAGGGAAAGACUCUACUCACGAAUGGGAUGUGGUAGUCUCCUAUGACACCGUCAAAGUUAAUGAGAUCUUACAAGAGAAUCCAAUCAACAAUUUGGAGUCCAUGAGCUACUGGGGACAUGCCUUUGACUACGAUGACCAAGGAACAGACGUGAAACAUCUCUACAAGUUUGAUGUCGAGCUUCCAACUCCACGUCUGCACUUUUAUCCCACCAGCCGCAUCGGCUCAGUUACCUUGAGUGCCGAAUUAAAGGGGAAAUUCGAAUUAUGGAAGCUUCAACUCGAUGACGACGACCAAUAUCCAGACGACAAGGAUCCCAAUUGGAAGGACUCGAGGCCAAAGGCAGAUAUGGCUGGCGUUUUGGCCCCUAGAUACAAGGUCAAGAUUGAUGUCGAGCUGAGGAACGUUGAAGGAUCUGGAAAGUCUCCGGAUGCGCCUGUCGACUAUACCGUCCAUCUGGGGGACAGCCCUGAUGCCUCUCGUAAGAUCUGCAUAUCCUUCAAAAAGACCACCGUUACGCUUGAGGAGCCAGAUGCGAACCAACAGCCCAAGAGCGGCAAGAGGCCCAGACGAUUAGGUGCGAUUCUCAAAACAGCGUUGGUGGAAGGGAUGCAAAAAGAGCUUAACGAAAACCACCCGGAACACUUUAUAUCCGGUAUCUCAAGGAAGACAACCGAUGACUCAAUGAUCACUCUGAGGCCUUCUUCAUUCCGGUUCUCCAUCAUUGAAGAGGAUAAACAGAAUAAGUGGCCCGGGAUCCUGAUUAUGUGGAUUGGCGUCGAGGGUGGUUAUAACAAUGGGUUAAUGCCUGGCGGAAGAACCCCUCUGGACUUUAAUCCUGAUGGCAAUAUCCAGAGCCCUGUUCCUAAAGGGUGUUCUGCCAGUGUCAUCUUCAGUCAUGAUAUAUUCGCAAGAAAGUUCUUCGCGGAGAAUCUCAAGAACGGAUUUCAGGAAAUGGAGGUCAAGUCUGUAAUUGGAGACGAGGGCAUGAAGGUCCAGGGGAACCUUAAAUCUGGUGCUGUCAAAAUUGACAAAUUCUUCGAAAAGUCGGAACUGCCUGGAGCUACUUGGAUUAACACAUGCGAUGGUUUGGAGUUUGAACCAAAUGAUACUCCAACCGAGAUAACCUUGACUCCUGGUAUCAAUGCCGGGGUCGAGAUGAAGUAUAAAGCUAAAAUGAAGUGGGCGUAUUGGCGCUUCCAGAUCUUUUACUUCUCACCCCCACCUCUACCAGGCGGUGACCCGCCUCCUCUCCAAUUACCAGUGGACGAGAAAGGCUGGGUUGAAUUUUGGUUCACUUGGGGUAGCAAGGGUACGUGGCAAGGCGGCAACGAAAAGUUCCCAAAUUCUCUACAAUUGGAUUUCCAGCACAAGCCCAUGUAUGACGUCAAGAUGAAAGGCCAUGACAUGAAAAGUCUCCCAGCUAAAUUUCUCAAUGGCUUGCUUGGAAUUGAGGAGCGAGAUAAGAUCCCGCACCAUUAUAGCAAGAUGGAGAUACCACGCCCCGAUGCUAACCUUGAGAUGAAAGGGUUGGAUUACUUUCUUACGACCCAUUUGCUGUUUCCUGGAAAACAGGUCUUUUUUCCUCAUGACCUUAACGAUAAGAAUAAGGCAAAGGGAAUGGGCAUGGCUAUACCCCGUGACGUAAUAUUGACGGGCGAUAUUAGGUCUAGUUUCAAAUAG